UAACAAGUGACAGGGGCUCACUUCCCAAGUGUCAGAAGACAAGAAUACUUCACCUUGGGCAUCUUCAAAAGGCAUGUAAGAAAAUAUCCAUGAAAUUCUGAGAUCGCAGACAAAAUGAGUAACAUUUCGGAUAGCAGCAAUAAGGUUUUUCUUAGUGGACGCUCUGGGAGCAUUUCUGAUCUUUUGUCGCUGGAUGAUGACAAUGGCAAUGUUGUUGUUUCUGGGAUUAAUGAAGAUGAUCCAGUUGGUGGUAAUUUGGGACUUAAAGAAGGGGAUACCCUUGUGGGAGCUACCUUUUUUUUUGACAAUAUGCAGAAGAAAGAGGUUCUCAAUAUUUUAAAGGCCGCAGAGCCAUACAAAGCUGGUCUUCAACUCCAUGUUAAAAGUGAACCACUGGAGCCUCAAUUCAGCCCCUUUUCACUCAAGCAAGACAAUUUGGUAACCAGAGAUUCAACAUAUGAUGACAUCUUUAAUAGUAAGAUUCGGCGGUACCUAAAGGGGUCAGCUUCCUUGCAAGAUUUAUCCAAGCCAAACCUAGCCAGUGGCCAAUUAAAAUCUAAAACCAUACAAGGCCCCAAAAUGAAUUUCGCAGGAUACACUUCAUCAGUUGAUUUAUCAAAUGUUCCCUCUUCAGAAUCACAAGUCAACAUUAAAGGUGCUGAAAUUAAUAGUGUAGUACCCAAAGUCCAGGGUCCCAAAGUUGAAGUGAAUAUGUCAGCUCCAAAAAUGCAAGGGAAGAUGGAAGAUUUGGAAAUCAGUGUGCCACAGAUCAGUGUUAAUGGCUCACCGGGUAAACAUAGUGGGCCAAAGGUUCAGUUGCCUUCCUUUAGUCAUUCAGAUGGUCAUGUGGAUGUGAAAGCACCAAAUCUGAAAGCAGGUGUUGAAUUGCCAAACACUGAAUACGAGGUUGAUGGGAAACUGAAUGCUCCCGAUGUAGAACUCUGUUUGCCUAACAUAUCAGGUGAUAUGAACAUUCCCACAACUAAUGUGAAAGGCUCUAAAAUGAAGGUGCCCACAAUGAAGUUUUUCCAGUCUAAAAAGUCUUCUUAUGAUGACAAAGUAAAUGUUGAUCUUCCAAAAGCCGACCUACAGAUUCCACAAUUGAAAGGACCAGAAGUUAGCAUUGGUCUUCCCAAAUCAGAUUGCGAAAUUCCUAGACUUAAAGGGCCAGACAUCAAUGUCAAUGUACCCAAAUCCAAUACGCAGCUUCCUAAAUUUAAAGCACCAGAAGUAAACAUUGAUCUUCCCAAAGGAGAUUUAAAAAUGCCCAACCUUAAAGGACCAGAGAUGAAUGUUGAGCUACCCAGUGUUGAUCUUCCCAAUGCUAAUUUCCAAAUUCCAAAACUGAAAGGACGUGAAAUAAGCACAGAUCUCCCCAAGGGAGGUUUAAAAAUGCCAAACCUUAAAGGGCCAGAAGUGAAUAUUGAUCUUCCCAAUACUGAUUUUCAGCUUCCAAAAUUGAAAGGACCUAAUAUGAAUGUUGAUCUCCCCAAAGUUGAUUUGAAGACUCCCAAACUUAAAGGACCAGAAUUGAAUUAUGAUCUACCUAAUGCUGAUUUACAGCUUCCACAUUUGAAAGGACCAGAAGUCAGUGUUGAUCUCCCCAAAGGAGAUAUAAAAAUUCCAAAAGUAAAAGGACUAGAUGGUAAUGUUGAUAUUCCCAAUGUUGAUUUAAAGAUUCAAAAGCCUAAACCAUCAGAAGUAAAUGUUGGUCUUCCUAAAGCUGACUUGCAGUUUCCAAAAUUGAAAGAGAAAGAUGUGAGUAUUUCUCUCCCCGACGCUGAUAUUCAGAUGCCAGAUGUGAAAGUACCAGGAGUGAAUGCUGACUUUCCUAAAGCCGAUAUCCAAAUUCCAAAACUGAAAACUCCAAACAUUUAUGUUAAUAUUCCAAACAGCAGUGUGCAGCUCCCAAAGACAGAUAUUCCAGAUGUGAACAUAGGUCUUCCCAAAGCAGAUGUAAAUAUUCAGAAACUGAAGGGGCUAGGAGUGAAUGUCCUCCCUGUGGGAGAUAUAACAUCUCCUAAGCUAAAAACUAUAGAUGCGAAUAUUGAUCUUCCUAAAUUGGAUAUGAAGAGCCCCAAUGUUAAAGGUCCAGAUGUAAAUAUUAACCUUCCCCAAGCAGGUCUAAGCAUUCCAGAAUUGAGAGGACCGGAAGUAAAUGUUGAUGUUCCAAACACAUAUAUAAAUAUGCCAAACGUAAAAGGUCCAGAGGUGGAUGUCAAUCUUCCAAAAGCUAACACAAAAGUACCAAAAAUGAAAGGACCCGAUGUGAACCUUGACGUCCCAAAAUCAGAAAUGAAAGGUAAAUUUAAAAUGCCCUCAUUUAAUCUGUUCAAUUCCAAGAAAGGUUUGCCUGAUGUUGAAGUAAGUUUGAAGUCCCCACAGCUAAAGAAUGACAUUGAUGUCUCACCUCCUAAGCUUGAUGUAAAGACUCCAGAUAUAAAUAUUAAAGGAUCAGAUAAAAAAUACACCUCACCAAAAUUUAAACUGCCUUCAUUUGGUUACCCAAAAGUUGAAGCUACUGGUGAGCUCCCAAACAUAGAUGGACAUUUAAAAGGACCAAAACUGGAUAUUAAUACACCCUAUGUAGCAGCCCCACAAAUAAAGGGAAAUGUACAAACACCUGAUCUAGAAGUGGGUGGGCAAUUGAAGACUCCUCAAAUGGAGGUCAAUGCACCCAAGGUGGAUAUUAACGUUCCAGAUGCAAAGAUGAAUGCUCCCAAAUUUAAAAUGCCUUCAUUUCAAAUGCCAUCUUUCAACAUGUCAGGCCCAAAUGUUCAAACACCUGAUCUAAAAGUGGAUGGGCAAUUGAAGACUCCCCAAGUGGAUGUCAAUGCACCCAAGAUGGAUAUUAAGGUUCCAGAUGCAAAGAUUAAUGCUCCCAAAUUUACAAUGCCAUCUUUCAACAUGUCAGGCCCAAAUGUCCAAACACCUGAUCUAAAAGUGGAUGGGCAAUUGAAGACUCCCCAAGUGGAUGUCAAUGCACCCAAAAUGGAUAUUAACAUGCCAGAUGCAAAGAUGAAUGCUCCGAAAUUUAAAAUGCCUACCUUUCAAAUGCCAUCUUUUAACAUGUCAGGUCCAAAAGUCCAAGCACCUGAUUUAGAAGUUGAUGGACAAUUGAAGACUCCUCAAGUGGAUGUCAAAGCACCAAAAGUGGAUAUUAACGUUCCAGAUGCAAAGAUGAAUGCUCCCAAAUUUAAAAUGCCUUCGUUUCAAAUGCCAUCUUUCAACAUGUCUGGCCCAAAGGUCCAAGCACCUGAUAUAGAAGUCGAUGGGCAAUUAAAGACACCUCAAGUAGAUGUCAAAGCACCCAAAGUAGAUAUUAACGUUCCAGAUGCAAAGAUGAAUGCUCCCAAAUUUAAAAUGCCUUCAUUUCAAAUGCCAUCUUUCAACAUGUCAGGCCCAAAUGUCCAAACACCUGAUCUAAAAGUGGAUGGGCAAUUGAAGACUCCCCAAGUGGAUGUCAAUGCACCCAAGAUGGAUAUUAAGGUUCCAGAUGCAAAGAUUAAUGCUCCCAAAUUUAAAAUGCCAUCUUUCAACAUGUCAGGCCCAAAUGUCCAAACACCUGAUCUAGAAGUGGAAGGGCAAUUAAAGACUCCCCAAGUGGAUAUUAAUGCACCCAAGAUGGAUAUUAACGUUCCAGAUGCAAAGAUUAAUGCUCCCAAAUUUAAAAUGCCAUCUUUCAACAUGUCAGGCCCAAAUGUCCAAACACCUGAUCUAAAAGUGGAUGGGCAAUUGAAGACUCCCCAAGUGGAUGUCAAUGCACCCAAGAUGGAUAUUAAGGUUCCAGAUGCAAAGAUUAAUGCUCCCAAAUUUAAAAUGCCAUCUUUCAACAUGUCAGGCCCAAAUGUCCAAACACCUGAUCUAAAAGUGGAUGGGCAAUUGAAGACUCCCCAAGUGGAUGUCAAUGCACCCAAGAUGGAUAUUAAGGUUCCAGAUGCAAAGAUUAAUGCUCCCAAAUUUAAAAUGCCAUCUUUCAACAUGUCAGGCCCAAAUGUCCAAACACCUGAUCUAAAAGUGGAAGGGCAAUUAAAGACUCCCCAAGUGGAUAUUAAUGCACCCAAGAUGGAUAUUAACGUUCAAGUGGAUGGGCAAUUGAAGACUCCCCAAGUGGAUGUCAAUGCACCCAAGAUGGAUAUUAAGGUUCCAGAUGCAAAGAUUAAUGCUCCCAAAUUUAAAAUGCCAUCUUUCAACAUGUCAGGCCCAAAUGUCCAAACACCUGAUUUAGAAGUGGAUGGGCAAUUGAAGACUCCUGAUGUAGAUAUGAGUACUCCUCAAAUAAAUGUGAAAGGUUCUGAACUAAAGGUGAAUCCACCAAAAUUUAAAAAGCCCUCAUCUAACCUGCCAAGUGGUCAUGUCACAUCCUCAGAUGUCAACUUCCCCCACAGUGUUGUAAAAGAGUCAAGAUUUAAAUUGCCAACUUUGCUUAUUUUCCACCCUAAAAUCGGUGUGCCAGAUGUUGACAUUGAUGGAUUAGAAUCACCAAAAAUUGAUGCGCCUACCCGUUCUAACCCACAGGGGAGUCUUACAAUGCCUAAUGUGAGUGUUGAUACUCCAAAUGAAAUCCUUAAAAAAACUGAAAAAAAGGCAACGUUGCCAAGAUUUAAGUUACCUACUUUUGGAAAAUCGCGACCACCAUCUGCACAAUAUGACGCUGGAAUAACAACACCAGGUGCCUCUUUGCCGAGGGCCAAUGUUGAAAUAAAGAGCCCAGAAUUCAGUGCAAACAUGCCAAGUAUUAAUACCAAAGAUGCCAAAUUUACAAUCCCAGAUGCUGAUUUGAAAGUUAGAGUCCCAGAACUAGAAAGUCAUAAUCAGGUUUCUGGGCUUCAAAUCAACGCACCAAGGAUAACCAUGGAGAACUCAGAAGGAAGUAUGUCAUUGCCUACAAUUCCAAACCCAUCUCUAAACAUUUCAGGCCGCAAGGCUGACCAGCCUGAGAAAUUACCCCAGAUAAAAGGUCCUGGGUUUAAAAUGGACAUGCCAUCUGUUGACAUCAGGGCUCCAAAAGUGAAAUCACCAGGGUUACCUGCCAAUGACACAGACCUUCCAAAGCUUAAGGGUAAUAUCAAUAUGUCUGCUCCAAAACUGCAAGUUGAUGGAUUAGAUGACCUGGACAUUGAUGCAAAUAAGCCGUCUAUAAGUGUGCAUGCACCAGAGAGGAAAGAACCAUUCCCUGGUCAAACAGAGUUACCAGCUGUUGAUGUUUACACCCCUCAAAUACAAAGUUAUAGAAGUAGCUCCCCCGCGCAGCUGAAAAACUAUACAAACGAUAACCUAGCACUGGAUGUAAGCUUACCAUCUGCAAGUGUAAAUGACCCAGAAUGGAAGGAACCGUUAUCUGGUCAAACUGAAAAGAAAGGGGAAGAUAUAAAUACCAAUUUUGACAUGCCUGAUGCUAAUAUGGAAAGACAUUUACCUAACAGAAUGGACCAGAGUCCACGUUCUAAGUACCCUUUUCUUUUCUCUGAUUCCACUUUCUCAUUGCCCGACGUUGGCUUUGAUUUUUCCCCUCCUAGGUUGAACUUGUCUUAAGUUUUAACACUGAGUCUCCUAGGGUUGAGCAGUAUCAUCUCAGAAAAUGUUUUAUAGGCAGAAACUGUUAAAAGAUGUUUGCUUCUCAUUUAAGAUAGAACUCCCCUAUGUGCAUGCUCUCUACAUGACCAUACCUGGGAA